CAUUUCCCAGAAUCCCCUGUUGCGGCUUUGAGUCACGUGACAGCGGGAAGCCGAACACGUGACCUCUCUCCCCGCAUGGUAGUGGCAGUUUGAAGGUGAAGCGAGUGUGUCUGCUAGCGCGAGUGCUACUCUCUGUUACAACUCCGAGAUGUCAUCCCUGUCAGCUGCCAGCGUCGAGACCCCUUCUGUGACUGACGGCACGGAGCAGAAGAAGCCUCUGAAACCUUGCUGUGCCUGUCCGGAGACAAAAAAAGUCAGAGAUGCUUGCAUCAUUGAAAAGGGAGAGGAGAACUGCAGCGACCUGAUCGAGGCGCAUAAAGAAUGCAUGAGGUCACUUGGAUUCAAGGUUUAACUCCGUAUUUUGUGCUUGUGUGUGUGUGUGGGAUGGUGUGAGCGGAAGAUGACCCUGAAUAUUCAGCUCUUUUUUUUUCACUCUUAUUUAUGCCUCCACUGGACGGGAAAUGUGAUAUUGGAGCACUUGGACUCACGGAUUAUGAGUGGAUUUUUUUAAAAUCUCUGUAAAAUCUGUUGUAUGGAUAUCUUACUGGCUGUCUGAUAAUGAAUAAAAGUCCUAUGCAAUAAGA